GUUUAGUUUAAAAACCCGUUUGGACACAAUCUUACUAGAAAUGCUGGUAAUGCGUUCAUUGACUCUCGGUGAUUUUUUCUUGGAGACCGUAUAAUAUAUUCAAAUUAAAUCUUUGGCUUGAUGUCGUCAAAUAUGAUGAUGGGAGCCGUCCAGUAUUUACUUAAUUGCAAUUCAUCUCCAAAUCUGGUGGGACUAACGAACCGUUCGUUUCUAUUCGCCUUGCCAUUAAUUCUGGCGAAAGGUAUAAAUAAAACAAGAGCCGAGUGGACGCAUUUUAGUCCGUUGUUGUCCAGAUCUAAGAACAUGUUGCAGCUGUCACUAGCCCUGCUUCUGUUUCUGGCUCUAUUCGCUAGCCUAGACACAGCACCUUCCCCAUCAUCUGGGUUAAAAACAGAGAAACUUGUGCGGGUAUAUGAAAUCAAUGAGGCACAGUACAAGCGGAUUUUGCAGCUGACCAAUGGCAGGAAUGUUGUAUCGGAGGCUCGGUUGAUCAACGGAGGCAUCGCAACCGUAGGCGAGUCCUUGAGUUCCGGUUGGAACUCACUUCUACGGAUCGUGGGUCUGACCACCGUCAGAAAGGCUGAUGAGGCCGAGAAGGUGGACUUUGAAAGUGAACCCUUGUGUGUGAUCAAGACACGUGAGGGCGAGGUCAGGGACGAGGAAGUGACCUCCGCUCGAAGCUCGGGAACAGCCAACGAGGCCGAAGAAGAGGAUUCCACAAUCCACUGCAUAGUGGUUCUCAAGAGGGACAGCGACUUUGAGCUGCCAACCCAGGAUCCUCAUCCAAACUUCGUCCAGUACUGGAAUAAACCUCAGACAUCCACUCCUGAAGAGGAAUCCCCUGUUGACAACCAGCCUGGAAAAGUGUCUGAGGAGAAUGACGCCGUUGAGGAGACCACUCCAGCUCCUUUAAGAAAGAAAAAGGUUAACAAGAGCACCUAUCCAAAGGAAGACGCCUUGGAGGAAGAAUCGAAUAAACCCCGACAGUAUGGUUACCCACCAGUGCCGUCACAGUAUGGAGCUGCCUAUCCACCUCCUCCUCCUCCUCCUUAUGGUGGCUAUCCCUACACUACCUAUCCCAAUCCACAGCCUUAUCCCAGCCCGCAGCCAUAUCCCAUCCCUCAGCCUUAUCCCAUUCCACAGAUUUAUCCGAACCCUCAGGUAUUUGGUCCUCAACCUCCCAUCGGACCUUCACCCUAUGGACAGUUACCUUAUGGACAGAUACCUUAUGGACCAUACCCGCAGCCCAUCUAUAACCCUCAACCUCAACCGCCCAUUGGUCCCUAUCCUCCGCCUAUUUAUGGAUCUAACGGAUAUCCCUACUUGGAUCUUCAGGCCCUGUUGGCCCAAGAAAAUGCAAUCAAGGAUACAGAGAAAGCCGAGGCUGAUGACGACCUGGAAUCAGAUGAAGACUCAUACGAGUCCGAAGAUGAAGAUGACUAUCGCUAUAAGAAACGUUAUUACUCCCAAAAGCCUUUGUACCUUCAAGAAACGUAUAAUAACUAA